AUGAGGUUGAACCCAACGAAGUGCGCCUUCGGUGUAUCUUUGGGCAAAUUUCUCGGAUUCAUGAUCAGCCAAAGAGGAAUCGAGGCCAAUCCCGAGAAAAUCAAAGUUAUAAUCGACAUGGAGACGCCGAGGACACAGAAGGACACUCAAAGCCUUACCGGACGUGUCGCUGACUUGACACGCUUCAUCUCCAAGGCCACCGAUAAAUGUGUACCGUUCUUCAAAGCCUUGAAAGGGGGCAAACACCAUAUCGCGUGGACUCCCGAAUGCGACCAGGCAUUUUAA